AUAUCAUCUACUGACUCUAUUACAACAGCUGAGAGUUUAGAAACAACAACAGCCAACUCUCCGACAACUACACCUGAUGCAACUACACCAACUAGUGACUCUGUCACAACAACUGAGAGUUCAGAAACAACUACAGCCAACUCUCCUACAACUACACCAGAUGCAACUAUACCAACUACUUACUCUGCCACGACAGCUGAGAGUUUAGAAACAACCACAUCCAACUCUCCUACAACUACACCUGAUGCAACUAUAACAACUAGUGACUCUAUUACAACAGAUGAGAGUUUAGAAACAACCACAGCCAACUCUCCUACAACUACACCUGAUGCAACUAUACCAUCUACUGGCUCUACCACAAUAGCUGAGAGUUUAGAAACAACCACAGCCAACUCUCCAUCAACUACAUCAGAUGCAACUAUAACAACUAGUGACUCUAUUACAACAGUUGAGAGUUUAGAAACAACCACAGCCAACUCUCCUACAACUACACCAGAUGGAACUAUACCAUCUACUGGCUCUGUGACAACAGCUGAGAAUUUAGAAACAACCACAGCCAACACUCUUACAACUACACCAGAUGAAAAUAUAGCAACUAGUGACUCUGCCACAACAACUGAGAAUUCAGAAACAACUACAGCCAACUCUCCUACAAUUACACAAGAUGGAACUCUACCAACUAUUGACUCUGCCACAACAGGUGAGACGUUAGAAACAACCGCAGCCAACUCUCCUACAACUACAUCAGAUGCAUCUAUAACAACUAGUGACACUAUAACAACAGCUGACAGUUCAGAAACAACCCCAGCCAACUCUCCUACAACUACACCAGAUGAAACUAUAUCAACUACUGACUCUAUUACAACAGUUGAGAGUUUAGAAACAACAACAGCCAACUCUCCUACAACUACAUCAGAUGCAACUAUAACAACUAGUGACACUAUAACAACAGCUGAGAGUUCAGAAACAACCACAGCCAACUCUCCUACAACUACACCAGAUGGAACUAUACCAUCUACUGGCUCUGUCACAACAGCUGAGAAUUUAGAAACAACCACAACCAACACUCUUACAACUACACCAGAUGAAACUAUAUCAACUACUGACUCUAUUACAACAGCUGAGAGUUUAGAAACAACAACAGCCAACUCUCCGACAACUACACCUGAUGCAACUACACCAACUAGUGACUCUGUCACAACAACUGAGAGUUCAGAAACAACUACAGCCAACUCUCCUACAACUACACCAGAUGCAACUAUACCAACUACUUACUCUGCCACGACAGCUGAGAGUUUAGAAACAACCACAUCCAACUCUCCUACAACUACACCUGAUGCAACUAUAACAACUAGUGACUCUAUUACAACAGAUGAGAGUUUAGAAACAACCACAGCCAACUCUCCUACAACUACACCUGAUGCAACUAUACCAUCUACUGGCUCUACCACAACAGCUGAGAGUUUAGAAACAACCACAGCCAACUCUCCAUCAACUACAUCAGAUGCAACUAUAACAACUAGUGACUCUAUUACAACAGUUGAGAGUUUAGAAACAACCACAGCCAACUCUCCUACAACUACACCAGAUGGAACUAUACCAUCUACUGGCUCUGUGACAACAGCUGAGAAUUUAGAAACAACCACAGCCAACACUCUUACAACUACACCAGAUGAAAAUAUAGCAACUAGUGACUCUGCCACAACAACUGAGAAUUCAGAAACAACUACAGCCAACUCUCCUACAAUUACACAAGAUGGAACUCUACCAACUAUUGACUCUGCCACAACAGGUGAGACUUUAGAAACAACCACAGCCAACUCUCCUUCAACUACAUCAGAUGCAACUAUAACAACUAGUGACUCUAUUACAACAGGUGAGACGUUAGAAACAACCGCAGCCAACUCUCCUACAACUACAUCAGAUGCAUCUAUAACAACUAGUGACACUAUAACAACAGCUGACAGUUCAGAAACAACCACAGCCAACUCUCCUACAACUACACCAGAUGAAACUAUAUCAACUACUGACUCUAUUACAACAGUUGAGAGUUUAGAAACAACAACAGCCAACUCUCCGACAACUACAUCAGAUGCAACUAUAACAACUAGUGACACUAUAACAACAGCUGAGAGUUCAGAAACAACCACAGCCAACUCUCCUACAACUACACCAUAUGAAACUAUAUCAACUACUGACUCUAUUACAACAGCUGAGAAUUUAGAAACAACAACAGCCAACUCUCCGACAACUACACCAGAUGGAACUAUACCAUCUACUGGCUCUGUCACAACAGCUGAGAAUUUAGAAACAACCACAGCCAACACUCUUACAACUACACCAGAUCAAAAUAUAGCAACUAGUGACUCUGCCACAACAACUGAGAAUUCAGAAACAACCACAGCCAAAUCUCCUACAACUACAUCAGAUGCAACUAUAACAACUAGUGACACUAUAACAACAGCUGACAGUUCAGAAACAACCACAGCCAACUCUCCUUCAACUACAUCAGAUGCAACUAUACCAACUAGUGACUCUAUUACAACAGGUGAGACGUUAGAAACAACCACAGCCAACUCUCCUACAACUACACCAGAUGAAACUAUAUCAACUACUGACUCUAUUACAACAGCUGAGAGUUUAGAAACAACCACAGCCAACUCUCCUUCAACUACAUCAGAUGCAACUAUAACAACUAGUGACUCUAUUACAACAGAUGAGAGUUUAGAAACAACCACAGCCAACUCUCCUACAACUACACCAGAUGGAACUAUACCAUCUACUGGCUCUGUCACAACAGCUGAGAAUUUAGAAACAACCACAGCCAACACUCUUACAACUACACCAGAUGAAAAUAUAGCAACUAGUGACUCUGCCACAACAACUGAGAAUUCAGAAACAACCACAGCCAACUCUCCUACAACUACACCAGAUGAAACUAUAUCAACUACUGACUCUAUUACAACAGCUGAGAGUUUAGAAACAACCACAGCCAACUCUCCUUCAACUACAUCAGAUGCAACUAUAACAACUAGUGACUCUAUUACAACAGUUGAGAGUUUAGAAACAACCACAGCCAACUCUCCUACAACUACACCAGAUGGAACUAUACCAUCUACUGGCUCUGUGACAACAGCUGAGAAUUUAGAAACAACCACAGCCAACACUCUUACAACUACACCAGAUGAAAAUAUAGCAACUAGUGACUCUGCCACAACAACUGAGAAUUCAGAAACAACUACAGCCAACUCUCCUACAACUACACUAGAUGGAACUCUACCAACUAUUGACUCUGCCACAACAGGUGAGACUUUAGAAACAACCACAGCCAACUCUCCUUCAACUACAUCAGAUGCAACUAUAACAACUAGUGACUCUAUUACAACAGGUGAGACGUUAGAAACAACCACAGCCAACUCUCCUACAACUACAUCAGAUGCAACUAUAACAACUAGUGACACUAUAACAACAGCUGAGAGUUCAGAAACAACUACAGCCAACUCUCCUACAACUACACCAGAUGCAACUAUACCAACUAGUGACACUAUAACAACAGGUGAGAGUUCAGAAACAACCACAACCAACUCUCCUUCAACUACAGCAGAUGCAACUAUACCAACUACUGACUCUGCCACAACAACUGAGAGUUCAGAAACAACUACAGCCAACUCUCCUACAACUACAAUAGAUGGAACUCUGCCAACUAUUGACUCUGCCGCAACAGCUGAGAGUUUAGAAACAACCACAGCCAACUCUCCUACAACUACACCAGAUGGAACUAUACCAUCUACUGGCUCUGUCACAACAGCUGAGAAUUUAGAAACAACCACAGCCAACACUCUUACAACUACACCAGAUGAAAAUAUAGCAACUAGUGACUCUGCCACAACAACUGAGAAUUCAGAAACAACUACAGCCAACUCUCCUACAACUACAUCAGAUGCAAAUAUAACAACUAGUGACACUAUAACAACAGCUGAGAGUUCAGAAACAACCACAGCCAACUCUCCUACAACUACACCAGAUGAAACUAUAUCAACUACUGACUCUAUUACAACAGCUGUGAGUUUAGAAACAACCACAGCCAACUCUCCUUCAACUACAUCAGAUGCAACUAUAACAACUAGUGACUCUAUUACAACAGUUGAGAGUUUAGAAACAACAACAGCCAACUCUCCGACAACUACAUCAGAUGCAACUAUAACAACUAGUGACACUAUAACAACAGCUGAGAGCUCAGAAACAACCACAGCCAACUCUGCUACAACUACACCAGAUGGAACUAUACCAUCUACUGGCUCUGUCACAACAGCUGAGAAUUUAGAAACAACCACAGCCAACACUCUUACAACUACACCAGAUGAAAAUAUAGCAACUAGUGACUCUGCCACAACAACUGAGAAUUCAGAAACAACUACAGCCAACUCUCCUACAACUACACUAGAUGGAACUCUACCAACUAUUGACUCUGCCACAACAGGUGAGACUUUAGAAACAACCACAGCCAACUCUCCUUCAACUACAUCAGAUGCAACUAUACCAACUAGUGACUCUAUUACAACAGGUGAGACGUUAGAAACAACCACAGCCAACUCUCCUACAACUACAUCAGAUGCAACUAUAACAACUAGUGACACUAUAACAACAGCUGCCAGUUCAGAAACAACCACUGCCAACUCUCCUACAACUACACCAGAUGAAACUAUAUCAACUACUGACUCUAUUACAACAGCUGAGAGUUUAGAAACAACACCAGCCAACUCUCCGACAACUACACCAGAUGCAACUAUACCAACUAGUGACACUAUUACAACAGCUGAGAGUUCAGAAACAACCACAGCCAGCUAUUCUACAACUACACCAGAUGCAACUAAACCAACUACCGACUCUGCCCCAACAACUGAGAGUUCAGAAACAACUACAGCCACCUCUCCUACAACUACACCAGAUACAACUAUUCCAACUACUGACUCUGCCACUACAGCUGAGAGUUCAGAAACAACUACAACCAAAUCUCCUACAACUACACCAGAUGCAACUAAACCAAUAACUGACUCUGCCACUACAGCUGAGAGUUCAGAAACAACUACAGCCGACUCUCCUACAACUACACCAGAUGCAACUAUACCAACUAGUGACACUAUUUCAACAGCUGAGAGUUCAGAAACAACCACAGCCAGCUCUUCUACAACUACACCAGAUGCAACUAUACCAACUAGUGACACUAUUACAACAGCUGAGAGUUCAGAAACAACCAUAGCCAGCUCUUCUACAACUACACCAGAUGCAACUAUACCAACUACUGACUCUGCCCCAACAACUGAGAGUUCAGGAACAACUACAGCCACCUCUCCUACAACUACACCAGAUGCAACUCUAUCAACUACAACUUCCCCAACCACACCCACUACAUCUACUAUCACAAAACAUCCAAUAAUAUGUGAAAAUGGUGGAACUCCAACAGCUAAUGGUUGUUAUUGCCCCCCUGGUUUUACAGGACGUCUGUGCACAAAUGUAAACAAUGAAAUCCCAUUUCCAGAUUUAAUUGAAAUGACAACCAUUGCUGAAAUAGAAAUAAACAAGGAAUAUGUCCCUCAAUACCAAAAUACAUCCUCACAAGAAUAUAAAGAUUUUGUACAGGACUUCAGAGUUCAGAUGAUACCGUACUACGAAACCAAGAUUGAAAACUUCUUAAAUAUAACAAAUAUAACACUAAGUGACGGAAAUUCUUUAAUGGGCCGAAUGGAGAGUAAAUUAAUACAGAUGGAAUUAUCAAUUUCUAAAAGUGUGAAGGUUAAGCAUGAUAUUGUUGUAACAAUUGAAAACAACAAUGUUAAUGAAGGCUAUAAUGAGGAGUUUCAGUCUGUCAAAAAUGCUGUUGAAUCAGUUACAAAAUGCACUCCCACAACCACUGCAUGCCCAAACUUUAUUGUUACCGCUGUCCAGGUCAACAAAACUGAAUUGGAUCUCAAAGAGUACUGUGAUCAAGUUACAGCAAUGUUUCCUGAGGAGUACCGUCAGUAUUUCAUUGCUGCUACUGUGAUGGGUAAACUAACAUGUAUCAACCAAUGUCAUCCUGAUCAUCCUACUCCAAAGAUCUGCAUGAACAAAGGUACCUGUGAGGUUUCCAAGCAAGGACCAACCUGCUACUGUCUUCAGACAGAUGCAAAUUGGUAUCUUGGAGAAGAUUGCAAGUACCAAGUUCACAAAGUGGGCUUCUAUGCUGGAGUGGCAGUUGUCGCUGUGGUUUUACUGAUAGCUAUAGCAAUGCUUUCAGCAUAUGUCUUCCUUAAUAAAAGGAAAGAGAAGAGGAAUAAAGACAACAAGGAAGCUCUUGUGAAUCAGUGGAUAGAUGAUGACUUUGAGUGGUCCUCACAAAAAAGAACAAACACAUCUCUUUCAGUUCUUAAUGAAACCUAUGAUAAUCCUGCACAAUCCAAUGAGAACUUCAGCCAGAGUACCACAGCUCAGAACAACCUCUUCCACAGAACGAUACUUCCCCCAAUUCAACUUGCCUGAAAAUGAAAUCUCACUUCCUUCUCUGCACAACAAUUACCCCGGGUUAAGGUGUCACGAUCCAUCGUUCGAAGACAACAUUGAGAGUGGACAUGAAGAGGCCAUACAAGAUGCAACCCACCCAUAAGCAGCUGAGGUACAACAGUGGAGGUAGUGUCAUGGCUUGGGCUUGUAUGGCUGCAUUUGUAACAGACUCACUAUUAAUGACAUAAGUAGAAAAAUGAAUGCAAAAGUCUACAUAAACUUUCUGAUUGCCAAUUUAUAAAGAAAUACAUUGAAUCUAAUUUUAAGGAUUUUCAUCAUGGAGCAAAGACAAUGACCAAAAACACACUGAAAACACAACAAAAGGACUUCUAUAAAAGAGUAUAAACUAAGAGACAGAUUUGUUUGAUGCAGUUGUAGCAAGCAAAAGAUAGGCAACCACAUAUAAGUUCAAUCUUAUAUGUACAGUGGACAUGGUCAAGAAGCAUUGUUACAGAAAAUAAAUACUUAUUCAUGUGAAGACUAUAUGUUUGCUCAUUUGGGCUACCAUGAAAGAUGACAUUUUCUAAAUUGUUUAACACAUCGAGAUGUUAAAGAAGAAACAUUCGACUUCUCAUAGCAUCUCUUUUGCAACUGCAAGUAUUAGAACGGACAUGCCCUAAAUAUACACCUCAUCCCCUUUGCGAUACCUAUCAGCAACUAUGUGAUGAAUAUUGGACCAGAGAGGUUUCAUUUCACUAAAAAAGGCAUAAAGAUUUUAUGUACAGUUGCAAUAUCACACCUUGCGAAAUAAGGAAUACAGUCCACAGACUAUAAACUGUCAGACAUAGCGCAGUAAAACCUAAUGACAGGCUGGGUAUGUAAGCAUUCUGAUGUAACCCUUGGGUUGUAAACUUUAUGAGGAUCAUAAAACAUUUACACUUCACUUACUUUGAACUGUGGAUCAGACUAAAUGAUGUCAAGCUAACAUAAUUUGCAUUGUUUCCAGCAUUAAUAAAUCAUACCACUGAAAUGCA